UCAUCAGCUCGGAUCUCCGUUCAGCCACAAGGAGCCACAACUCUGGAAAACAUCUGGGCUUCAUGCGGAUCGACUGCGACUUCCUCCCAGAUGUUAAAACAUCCGGAUCGACAUUUAUUCUCCAACAUUUUCUGCCUCUUUCAGCGCGAUCGCAGUUAGAAAUUUACUUUGUGGAAUGAAAAAAAAAAAAAAAAAAAAAAAUUAAUAAUAAUAAUUAAUUAAUUUAGAAUGGAAAAGAUAUAUGGAAUUCUGGUUCUACAUUUUUCCAGCCGAACGCGAAUAAAAAAGAAACAAUGAAGACGAGUUUCUCUGUUUCUCUGACCGGAUGGCAGCAUCAGUGGGGGAAGUAAAAGUGGAAGAAGUGAUGGAGCUUUUGGGACCGACUCAGCCGGUGAACGCCUCCAAUGACAGCUCCGUCUCUCUCCUACCUGAGAGCGCGGAGAGCCUCGCCUAUCAGGUCUCUCUGGCGGCCGUCCUGUCGGUCAUCACGCUGGCCACCACGCUCUCCAACGCCUUCGUCAUCGCAACCAUUUCCCAAUCGAAGAAGCUGCAAACUCCGGCGAACUUUCUGAUCGCGUCCCUGGCGGUCACCGACCUCCUGGUGUCCAUCCUGGUGAUGCCCAUCUGCGUCCUGUACACGGUCAUCCACAGCUGGACGCUCGGCCAGAUCGUCUGCGACAUCUGGCUCUCCUCCGACAUAACCUGCUGCACCGCGUCCAUCCUGCAUCUGUGCGUAAUUGCGCUGGAUAGGUACUGGGCCAUCACGGAUGCGGUGGAGUACUCCAAAAAGCGCACGCCGGGACGCGCGGUCGGGAUGGUGGCCACCGCCUGGGUCAUCGCCAUCUCCAUCUCCCUGCCGCCUCUCUUCUGGAGGCAGGUGAAGGCGGAGGAGCUGACCAGCUGCAGCGUCAACACGGACCACAUCUUUUACACCAUCUACUCCACCUUCGGGGCGUUUUACAUCCCCACCCUGCUGCUCAUCGUGCUGUACGGGAGGAUUUACGUGGAGGCCCGGAAGCGCAUUCUGAGACAGUCUCCAAAAAAGGUCGGGAAGAGACUGACCUCUGCGCACCUGGUCACCAACUCUCCCGGAUCCGUGGCGUCCACGACGUCGCUGCACGCGAGGCACGACACUCCGUCCAGCGACACCGGGUCGUCGACCAGCGAGAACCAGGUGAAAGUCACGGUGUCCGACGCGCUUUUGGAGAAAAAGCGCAUCUCCGCGGCCAGGGAGCGAAAAGCCACCAAGACUCUGGGGAUCAUCCUCGGCGCCUACAUCGUCUGCUGGCUUCCGUUUUUCAUUUACACGCUGCUGGUGGCCACAUGUGAGACAUGUUUGAACCCCGAGCUGUUCGACUUCUUCACCUGGUUGGGAUACCUGAACUCUCUGAUCAACCCCAUCAUUUACACCAUGUCCAACGAGGAUUUCAAGAAGGCUUUCCAGAAACUGGUGCGCUUCAGAUGCUGCAGGUCCUGAACUGAUCCUCCAAACUAAACGUUUUUGUUGUAUAUGUAUAAAAAACAAAACAUUUCUUGCCAUUUCGUCCUUAACUGUUUCCAUUUCGUACCUGUAAACUGACAUGGCAUCACGGAUCCGUCUAUUUCUCGGAGUAAUUCAAUAUUUUGAUGAUUCAUGGAGAUAACACGUCAUUCAAAAAAGCUCCAAGUAAUUCAAUAAAAUUCUACAGGACCAUUCCAAUUCUACUUAUUUUGACUAUUUGAUGGUUAUUUCACCAUUUCUUGUCUUUUUUUGUUAUUUAUUUUUGUGUAUGGAAGCAGGAAGUCACUCGAGGUCAAGAUCUGUUUUAUUUUAUUUAAAAUAUUGAGAAUAGCAAGAAAGAGGAUUAGGGGCACAAAAAAUGAAAUCUGAUUUACUAAUAAAUUUUUUAACUUUUUUCUCAGCAUUUAGAUGUCAAAUUUGGAUCUUAAUCUCAGAAUUCUUAGUUUAAUCUAAAAAUUUUGACUUUUUGAAACUGAAUUUUGAAAUUUUUCUCAGAAUUCUGACAGAAUUUUGAUCUUGAUCUCAGAGUUUGACUUAAAUCUCCAAAUUUUGACUUUAAUCUAAAAAUUCUGACUUUUAUCUCCAAAUUUUGGUGUGGAAUUUAGAAUUUUUUAGACCAAAUUUUUGACUUUUGGAGAAAAACUUGUGAGAUGUAAGUGAGGUUUUUAUUGCAGUGCUCAAAUCCUCUUUGUAGAAUGGAGAAGUGAUUAACUUACACAUGGAGUUUUUCCAUUUUUAUAACCUUUUAUCACUUUGAAUAAUUAAAAUAAUAAACUGUAGCCAAGAAUACCCUCAUGGACAUGAAACUGUUUAUUGAGAAAUAUGGAGUGGAAGAAGGAAGGGAGGAAAUGACAACAGGCGGAUGAGGGACUGAAACAACGACACAUUAUGACCCCUAUGAAACCUCCUGCUGCCUUUAUUUCAGUCACAUUGUCAUAUUUAUUUAAAUGUGUGCAACACAAAAUCAUUAGUUUGGAUGAAACUGUGCAGCACAUAUUUCAUUAUUUAUGACCUUGUUCAGGUUUAGUUACAAGAGGAAUGGAAAUAAAAUGUGAAUCAUAGAGAAAAAAACCUUGUAAUUUACAGUCGUAUGAUAAAAUGUUGGAUAAUCUAUUUUAAUCUGUCAUGAAUUUGAGCAAAUGGAAGUGAAAGUUGCUUUUCUGUGUAGAAAUGAGUCACUAUCUUCAGUCUGUGUGAAUUUGGACCAGAUCUGAUUUUCAGUCCAGAUCAGGAAGAUUCUGAAACAUUUAUUUUAAUUAAAUGUUCAAACAAAGAUCAAUCAUCAAUCAAUCUGUUCCUCCACACUAACAGGAUUCAUGUCAUCAUUUAUUUAUUUUUUUGCACAUGCUGCUGAUCGAUCCUGAAUUUUAUUUCUCAUAUUGAUCAUUGAUUGGAUGAACUCAGAUUGAUUGAGAAAAACAUGUUCUGUGUUUUUGGCUCAAUGAAACAGAUUUAUUUUAAUUCAACGUUUAUUAAUGUCUCAAGAAACGCAUCGAUCAACCAGCUCCAGCUUUCCUCAAAAUAUGAUUAGCUGAUUUUGAUAUUUUUUUAAUCUGAUCCAAAACUGCCCACUUUCAUGCAUCACAAAAUGUAUUGAUGAGCUUUAAUACGUUUGUAUUUGUCAAAUUCAACAAGGUGCAUAACAGUGAUGCUGAAUGAACGUUUAAUCUGAGAUAUUGAUCACUGAUUGGUGCUAAUCGCAGGAAGAACUGGUUCAUUUUGAUCUUUUUCAGAGUGAUUGAUGCCUUUUAAACCUGAAAACAUCCUGUCACGGUUAAAGUAAUCCAGAGGUUACAUUUGUUUUGCUCCCGAUCACAGCCUGAUGUUCUGCUCCACUCAGUGAUCAUCUGGUUAGAAAAUGGAGAGAAAUAAAAGUCCUGCAGGCUGCAGCAGGAAAACAUUCACAUAAAAUCGAUGUCAAGCAAAAGAAGAAACACUUCAUCUGAUAUUUGCCAAGCUGAGAGCCAUGAUGACUUCAGUUCUGCUGCACCAACACCUCCUGUUGUACUGAGCAUGUGUGAACCUGUAUGUAAAACCUUACAGCUGAAGGGAAGUGCAAUAGAAAACAAUGUUUUUCUUUACUCAAAAACUAAAUAUUGUGGUGCAAAUUUGUGAAAUAAAAGCUUUUUAAUGUCUGUGAA